CCCCUCCUCCUCCUCCUCCUCCUCCUUCCCUCCUCAGCAUCAAGUGCAGCCUGAGCGCAGCGCCCCGGCUGCGACUUUCUCUCAGCCUUGAAGGAGCAAUGAGGAGAAGGCAGCCGUCGCCCUGCUGAUACCAGACCGUCUGGGAUGCAGUGACUCCCGUUUGUUUUACAGAGGGCUCAUAUUUGUAUACAUCCAGGGAAAACAAACAAUACCUUGCGGAUUUGGCAUAUCCAUCAAUCGAAUGAAAGCAGAGCCAGGCCCAACUUAACAAUGGGCCCCAUACCCUUCUGUGUCCUGCUCCCAGCGACAGUGCUGGCUGUGGUGGCUGUAGCUGCUGUUGAUGAUGAGUAUACCUGGCCACAAUGGAAAGUGCCUCUGGUAAGGAAGAGACGCACUGUGCCUCUUAGCAGCCCAAGCUUCUCAGCUCAUCCGCAGCCAGAGCUAAGCGGGACCUGUGGGAUCGAGUGCCAGCGUCAUCUUCCUUCACCUUCCCUGGAUGACUUGGAGCAGUUCCUGUCUUAUGAGACAGUCUACGAGAAUGGCACACGCACGUUUACCUCCAUUUCUGUGCAGGGCCUCAAUGAGAUGACCUCAUGGUCCAAAAAUGACUCAUCUAGGUCCCGCCACAAAAGAGAGGUGUAUGGUACAGAUACCCGCUUCACCAUCGCUGAUAAGCAGUUCUCUACCAAGUAUCCGUUCUCCACCUCUGUGAAGGUCUCCACGGGUUGUUCUGGAGUUCUGGUAUCACCUAAACAUGUUCUGACCGCUGCCCACUGCAUCCAUGAUGGAAAGGAUUAUAUAGAUGGAGCGCAGAAGCUACGUGUUGGUGUUCUAAAGGAGAAAUCCAGGCGAGGGAAAGGAGGCAGAGAGAGAGGAGGGCGACGGAAAGGUAGAAAAAGAAAGGGAGACACAGAUCAAGAAGAAGGACAGGAAAAAGAGGACAAUGGUGGGAAAGGGGACCGUAGAGGAAAAGGGAAAAGUAGGAAGAACCGGAAUCGGCGAAGUGUGGAAUCUGAGAAACCAUCAUUUAGGUGGACUAGAGUCAAAAAGACCCAGGUUCCUAAGGGUUGGUUCAAAGGUGUGUCUGGUGGACUGGCUGCGGAUUAUGACUAUGCUGUUCUAGAGCUGAAGAAAUCUCAGAAGGUCAAGCACAUGGAUCUGGGCGUGAUCUCUUCAGUCAAGAAGCUCCCUGCUGGGAGGAUCCAUUUCUCUGGCUUUGAUGAUGACCGACCUGGAAACUUGGUAUACCGCUUCUGCUCUGUAUCUGAGGAAUCCAAUGAUUUGCUAUACCAAUACUGUGAUGCCAAACCUGGAUCCAGUGGCUCUGGGGUCUACAUCCGCCUCAAAGAGCCUGGCAAGAAGAAGUGGAAGAGAAAGAUCAUUGGGGUCUUCUCCGGUCACCAGUGGGUGGAUGUUAAUGGGGACGGGAUGCAGCAGGAUUACAACGUGGCGGUGAGGAUAACACCCCUCAAAUAUGCUCAGAUCUGCUACUGGGUCCAUGGUGACUCAAGUGAGUGCCAGGUAGCCUAAUAAAACACAGGACCCCACCUUCCCCUUAAACACCAACCCUCAGUACAACAGACUCCCCAACUACUCACCCUUCAUCUUUUAUCAUCAACCAGGGGCCAGACAACUGCCUCACCUCUCAUUUCUUGUAACCUCCUGUGCCUCCCAGUGAGUCCUGCUACACUGGUCAACACAUGCACACACACACAGCCAUUCAGACUGAGUGUUGACAACAGGAACUCGUCAACACAUCAGAACUGCGGCUCUUCAGCUUUUUUAAUUUAUUUGCUAAAAAAAAAAAAAAAAAAA